UUAGUUCUGUCCAUAUUUUGUUCGUUUUUUCUUCUUCAUUAGCUAGUCGAUCUUCUAUUACAAGUGACAGAUAUUUUGAAGAGAAAUGUGGAGAUUGAUUACUGCAUUUUUAGAUUCUAAUUCUCUAUCCAUGCAACAUUAUUGAGGUUAAGCAUCUUUUAUCCUAGAUAUUAGCUCUAUCUUUCCUUCUAUUAUUGCUGAAUUAUUCUUUUAUACAAUAUAUCAUAUCUUGACUAUACAUACUUUAUUUUCCUAGUUGCAUCAACCACUUAGCCUAAUUCCCUUCUUUAAAUCAUAGUAGCCUUCUUCAGAAUGCUCCAUCUCAAUACUUGAUUACUCUUCGUUACCAUAAACUAGCUCAUUUUCCUUCAAAAAGGCUUCCGUGCGCUGUAUCUUAAAAGGGUUUUCUAGUUUUUGAUCAAAAAUUAAUAUUACUUCCUCGAAAACUAGGGAACUACAAGGAUCAAAGCAAAAUUUUCGACUAGAGUUGAAUUCGUAUCACUUCAGUGGAGAAUGAAUGGGAAAAAGGGUAGUAUUGAGAUCAAUAUCCCUUCCAUUACCAAUACUAAACUCCCGGAAAACAAGAAAUGUGGAGAAGUUAGCGCCUUGGGCAAAGGCUGGAUUUUGAGUAUUUGGGAAGUUUGCAAAGAAGAUAGCAAUAGAGUAAUAUUCUCCCUAAAAGUUGGCCUCGCUGUUCUUCUCGUAUCACUACUGAUACUAUUCCGAGUACCUUAUCAAGUUUUCGGCUCUAGCAUUAUCUGGUCCAUCCUCACUGUUGCCAUCAUGUUUGAAUAUACUGUUGGUGCGACAUUUAAUCGAGGGUUCAAUCGAGCACUUGGGAGCCUGCUCGCUGGAAUCUUAGCCAUUGCCAUUGCAGAGUUAGCCUUGAGUUCAGGACGAAUUGCUGAGCCUGUUAUAAUUGGUCUGAGCAUCUUCAUUGUUGGGACUGUUACGUCAUUCAUGAAGCUCUGGCCAUCUCUUGUGCCCUACGAGUAUGGAUUCCGAGUUAUACUUUUCACCUAUUGUUUGAUCAUUGUUUCUGGCUAUCGAAUGGGGAAUCCGAUUAGAACAGCCAUGGAUCGGCUUUACUCCAUCGCCAUUGGAGCCAUUGUAGCAGUGCUAGUGAAUGUACUCGUUUUUCCUAUCUGGGCUGGGGAACAGUUGCACAAAGAACUUGUCAGCAAUUUUAAUUCAGUGGCUGAUGCACUUGAAGAAUGUGUUGGAAAAUACUUAGAUGAUGACGGAUCCGAACAUCCAGAGUUCACAAAAACUGUCACGGACGAGUUUCCAGAUGAACCUGCAUACAGGAAAUGUCGAUCCAUGUUGAACUCCUCUGCCAAACUUGAAUCAUUGGCCAAUUCAGCUAAGUGGGAACCUCCCCAUGGCAGGUUUCGACAUUUCUUUUAUCCAUGGUCGGAGUAUGUCAAAGUUGGUGCAGUUCUAAGAUAUUGUGCAUACGAGGUCAUGGCGCUCCAUGGUGUACUUCACUCAGAAAUUCAGGCUCCGUGUAAUCUUAGAAUCACAUUCCAGAAAGAGAUCCAAGAUGCAACAAAUGAUGCUGCAGAGUUAGUUCGAUGUCUAGGCAAAGACAUAAGUGAAAUGCAGCGAAGUCUCAAAGUGACUCUCCUAAAACGGGUUCAUGGCUCGACUGAGCGCCUCCAACGCGCAAUAGACAUGCACUCGUACCUCCUAACAUCUACUUAUGAACCACCUGAUAAUAAUACAUCUAAGCCACAGCCAAAGCUCUCUCUCACCUUAUCGACCACUCCUUCUAACCUCUCGAACCAACUGGUGGAGCUUCCGGAACUGAACUCCAACCCACCAUCCCCACCUCCAGGGACAAUCCCACCAUUACAGACAGAAUCUUACCACGAGAUGAUGAGGAAGCAAUCAAGAAGGCUCUACUCUUGGCCAUCUCGGGAAGUUGAUGCGGUCGAAGAAGAGGGAGGUUUUAGCGCAGACUUCAUUCCUAAAAUGCGUGCGCUAGAGAGUACUGCCACACUGUCUCUUGCAACUUUUACCUCAUUGCUUAUUGAGUUUGUGGCUAGGAUUGAUCACUUGGUUGAAGCAGUUGAUGAACUGUCAAAGUUGUCCCAAUUCAAACAGGAGGCUCUAUAAUAUGCACAGAGUGUAUUAUUGAGGAGACAAGAGACACUUAAAAAGAUGAAACUAUGAGAGUAGUUCUGAAAUAUUUUUUGUUACAAUUGCAGAAUAAACAGCAUUAUCCCUGGAGAUAUACAUUUUCCCAUUUUCUUUC